CUGUAUAAAGCCCGAUUGCCGUGACUUACAAGCUACCACGUAACAACGGCACACGGAAAACCCUACAAAGCUUUUGGGAAAGCUUCACACUUAACCUCUCCUAUGGCGACUGAAACUCCAGAGCAAGCCCGGGCAGCCUACGGAGUCCAAUCUCUUUCAAUCUCCGAGCCUGCACAAUCCAGUUCAUCAAACCCAACUAUCCAAAUGAGUUUGGAGGAGAAGUACCAGAUGUUGAGGAGCUUGGCAGACGAAUGUAUCCAAGAGGACGAGCUUCGGAAUUUGCUGGCUCAUAAGCCUGAACCCAUCGCCUAUGAUGGGUUUGAACCCUCCGGCCGAAUGCAUAUUGCUCAGGGGGUUAUGAAGACCAUAAAUGUGAACAAGAUGACCUCCGCUGGCUGCAGAGUGAAAAUAUGGAUUGCAGAUUGGUUUGCAAUGCUAAACAAUAAGAUGGGGGGUGAUCUGAAAAAGAUAGAGACUGUUGGGCGCUACAUGAUAGAGAUAUGGAGGGCUUCUGGGAUGAAUUUGGAAAAUGGCAAAGUUGAGUUUUUGUGGUCUUCAAAGGAGAUAAAUGCGAGACCAGAUGAGUACUGGCCUCGUGUGAUGGACAUAGCUCAAAAGUAUACAGUUCAAAGGAUAACUAGGUGUUGUCCGGUUAUGGGUCGAAAUGUGGAAGAAGAUUUAACUGCAGCCCAAAUUUUCUACCCAUGUAUGCAAUGUGCAGAUAUAUUCUUCCUUCAGGCUGACAUCUGCCAGAUGGGAAUGGAUCAGCGUAAAGUGAAUGUUCUUGCAAGAGAGUAUUGUGAUGAAAUCAAAAAGAAGGACAAGCCUAUUAUCUUGUCACACCACAUGUUACCUGGUUUGCAGCAAGGGCAGGAGAAGAUGUCUAAAAGUGAUGUAUCGUCCUCCGUAUUCAUGGAAGAUGAAGAGGCGGAAGUGAAUUUGAAGAUAAAGAAAGCUUACUGCCCUCCAAAUGUAGUUGAAGGGAAUCCAUGUAUGGAGUACGUGAAAUAUCUCAUCCUACCUUGGUUCAAUGAGUUCAUUGUAGAGCGCUCCGAAGAGAAUGGGGGAAAUCAGAGCUUCAAAAGCUUUGAAGAAUUGGCUGCUGAUUAUGAAAGUGGUGAGCUACAUCCAGCUGACCUUAAAUCAGCUUUAUCAAAAGCAUUGAACAAAAUACUGGAGCCUGUACGCGCACACUUCAAGAAUGACGAAACUGCCAAACAGCUAUUGCAAAGUGUCAAGAAGUAUAGAGUCACCAGGUGAUGAAUGCAAUGGAGCUCAGAUUCUCUCAUAUUUGCCCUUCUGCUCUAUACUAAUUGGUGGAUGAGAAGACCAUCUAGCAUGCAUGUCGUUCUUUGUUUUCUCGGUAUCUCCGACUAAUAAGUAAUGUAUAUCAUCUAGAAAAGUACUAGCAAAGGUGCCCGCGCGAUGCUGCGGGUUUUAAAACCAUCUGAAAUAUGUAUAAAGUUAUGAAAAUAUGUAGCAAGUUUAA